AAGGUUUCCGGCUGUCCUAGGAUUUCAACAUGAAUCCGAAUGCAGCAAGUUGUGCGUUGUGCUCGAUAGAUAAUUUGAAAGAGAUGUGGGGGAUCGACGCUGAACUUCGUGACGGAGAAACCAUGCGAACAUUUCUGCAGUUCGCGGGUGUGGUUGAGGCCAAGCAUUUAGUUAGCUACACUGUCGUGUGUGAUGAUUGUAAGAAGCUGGUUGAUUCUAGCUAUGAACUUCAUCGCCUGUACGUGAAAUCACUGAUAGCUCUUCGAACGGCGGUGCAUCACAAUCAGGGUAAUAAACCGAGGACGGAAGUUCUGACGGCGGGUGUGCAUGGAGACUUUGACACGUUUUAUGCGGCGAAUAUCAGUUUUAAACGCAGAUCAUCAGAUGAGAACUUGGGUGAUCUCAUGGACAGUCAGUUGUUGAAACCGAAAGUCGAGCUUGUCGAAGGCGAAUUAAGCGAAAAUCUGAGCGAUGAACGAUCGUCUUUCGCGCUUGAUGAUGCGCUGUACAGCGAAGAGAAUGCAUAUCAGAAGUCGGGCUCGCACAACCAGAGUGAACAGUCUGCCCGCGACGAUCAUCUAUUCGUCAAAAAACCGCCCCAAGGAAGAUCCAGGGUUCGAAAAGGACGAGUCGAUCAAGACAAUAAAAAUGUGCAGUUGAAAGAGUGUCCACAAUGCAAGGAAUUCAAGCUCAAACCGCUUGCAGAAAAUGCUUGGUUUUGCAGCAGAUGUUUGUAUUCAACUUCAGGCGUAUCUCCGAAAAUUAAUCCGAAUUUUGAAAGUGCGUCAGCCACAUGUCCGCAUUGUGGAAUGGAGUACUUGGACAUCGCUGCGGCAAUUAAAUUACGGAAAGUGUCAGAUCUCAAUUUUGGCGUAUUUUUGUGUCGUCCGUGCAAGAAAACUUUCAUGGUUGACGCAGACGCCUUUAAUGCAUCCAAACCUGAUAUGCCAUGCGAGCGGAAUGUGAAGCAGGAUCUUGUCCAUCCGACAGAAUGUCGAGAGUGUUCGCGGUGCAAAAAGGUUCUUACGGAAGUGGACGAAGGUAGUGCGCGAAAGUUGUUGUGUUUGAAAAGUGUUUUGUUGGAACAUGUUCAAGAACAGUGA